AUGUCCCCGUCGUCGCCCUCCACCUCCUCCCACCUGCCCGCAGCCCUCCCGGCCUGCACCAGGCCCGCCCCGAGCCAGAUCUGGGCCCAGAGGGAGCCCGCGCGCCUCCGCCCGAGCACCCCGCAGCAAUCUGCCCUGCGUGCCUCGUCGACCUUGCCGCCCUGCCAUGCAAGCCUGCUGGCCACCAGAGGACCUCGCCGCCACCCCAGGCCAGGCCAGGCCAGCGCCUCGUCCCCCUCCUCCUCCUUCCUUUGUUUUCUCUCUCUUCCUCUCAGAUCUCACGCUAUCUCUCCCUGCGGCCUCCACAGUGACCCCGCCACCGGCCUCGUCUACGCCCACACCGGUUGGGAUCCAUCAGACCCAGGCCCCUGCGACCCGAUCCCGGCCUCAUCGUCCCUGCCGUGCUGCUCUGCUGCACUCGCCAGAGAAUCAGGCGCCGUUGCCGCCCGCUCCCAUGGCCGCCUCGGCCCUGCUCGAGAGGACCUAGCCCCUCCACCUACAUAUAGCCUCCCCUCCUCAAAAUACGCACGCAGCCACCUCCACUCCGUCACUUUUCGCCGGCCUAGAGGCCCGCCGCCACCUGCGCUGCUGCCUGUGGCCGCUCCCACGCUGCCACGUGUCCCAGCCGCCGCCCUCCACCUCCGCCCACCUCCCCGCGGUCCUCCCGGCCUGCACCAGGCCCGCCCUGGGCCAGAUCUAGGCUCGAAGGGAGCCCGUGCGCCUUCGCCCCGCAGCGAUCCGCCCCGCCUACCUCGUCAACCUCGCCGCCCUACCGUCCGCGCCCGGUGGCCACCGGCGGACCUCGCCGCUGCCCCAAGCCAGGCCAGCGCCCCGUCCCCCUCCUCCUCCUUCCUCCGUUUUCUCUCACUCUCCCUCUCAUAUCUCACGCUCUCUCUCCCUCCGGCCUCCACAGGGACCCGCUGCCGGCCUCGUCUUCGCCCGCACCAGCCGGGAUCCAUCGGAUCUGGGUCCCCGCGACCCGACCCCGGCCUCAUCGGCCCUGUCGGACCAUGCUGCCGCCCUCACCGGAGAUUCAGGCGCCGCCUAUGCCCGCUGCCAUGGCCGCCUCGGCCCUGCUCGAGAGGAGCACGAACGCGCACGCCCAGCCGCGCCUCGGCCUCGCCGGGCCCAGCCAAGCGCACCCUCUGCCCGACCUUAUCCACCACCGAACUGGGCCACGGCCCGCUAUGUGCCUGUUUCAUUGCGAUUAUGAGGAUUUGUUCGACUACACUUGGCUUGUCUACUCCAUUCAUGGACUCCAUCUUCUUCCUAGCAGGAUUUCAGGCAAGAUGACCGUUACACUGGAUCUCACUACUAUCAUUGCUAUGCUAGUUGUCUCGAUGCUAUCGCUAUGUCAUGCUUCCUACCACUUGUUUAUGAAGCCUCCCAUUCUGCCAGGAAACAACCUCUAACCUUUUCG